AUGACAGCAACACCACCGAAAUCGUCAUCGUCAUCAUCACGCAACUUGGAAGAUGAUCAGUUAGUAGUGGCUAGAGGUGCUGAAGAAGAAGAAGGUGAUAGUAAUAAAGAGGCAAACGGUGAAACGGAUUCGCAAAAGAAAUGGGAUUGUAAACGGUGCACGUAUUCAAACUAUCCAUCAGCUCAAUUGUGCACAAUGUGUAGACAAAUGCGACCGGUGAUGAGCAAUCGACGUGCGGCGACGAGCUGCAGCGAUGACUUGAUGAUCAAAGCAUCAACAUCAGAGUAUUCAGACGGCAGCCGUACCGAAUCGUCAUCGGGCAGCCACCAACAACGGCAUCAGUCAUCUCCAGCAGCAGCAGCAGCAGCAGCAGUAGCAGUGGCAGUGGCAAGCUCAUCGCCCAAGAAGGUGUCUCCGAUUAGCAGCAGUAACAGUAGCAGUAGCAGUAGCAGCAGCAGCACUUCGCCAGUGAUAGAACAAAGCAGCAGCAGCAGCACCAGCAACCUGAGGUCAAUAGAUCCAGCGGAACGCAGAUGGCCGUGUCCAGCAUGCACAUUCGAGAACGUGCUGCAGGCCAGUUACUGCAGCAUUUGCUCACAGCAACGUCCCGCCAUCUAUACUGAAGAAGUCCGUCAACUGAAAACGAAAUGUGCUGAAUCAAAUCUACUCGAUCCGGAGCAUAUGGAGCGUAUUAAUAAAGCAUUACGUAAGUGGUCAUGCUCGUUAUGCACAUUCAAGAACUGGCCCAAUGUUAAGACGUGCACAAUGUGCCGUACGCCGAGACAAAAGGAAUCUGCUGUUUCAGGUUCUGUUGAAGAUGAUUCCGAGUUGCGUGCAGUGGCGAAGGACGUAUCGAACACGAUGGUGAUGGGUGCCGAAACGAGGCUGUCACCGUUCGAGGAGAAGAUCUCGUUGUUUGAUCGAUAUCUGGUGCACUUGGAACGCAGUGCAGAUACGGGUUGUUAUGCGUUCUUGGAAGCGUUGGCUGCUUUUAUGCAGCCGGGCAAUGAAAAUGGUGAUAAAUUUGUGAAUUACAUCUACGAAUACGGUGAAUCAAAUAGACGCGUGACCGCGUUUGAGUGUGCACUGGUGAGUGGAUUCGACGACGAGCAACAGUGCCCUUACAAUCACACUCUGCUUGAACUACUGAACGAACGACGGCAAGAGAGUAUGAACGAUGUAAUGCCAACCCUGUUCAUCUUCACCAAUAAUCAUUUCGUCGAUUUCCCUGGUACUGAUGUAAAUGAACUAUCAACAUGUAUAUAUGAGAAUAUUCGUGCGAAAAUUCGUGAUGACUACGAUAUGAGACGAAUUGUGAAUACGGGAGAACAUUUUACAUUGCCAGUUGAGGUGUAUAAUAUGAAACCGUGGUUGACGACGGGUGCUAAUCGAUUGCGGGUAUUUAUGGAUUUCGAUGAGAGACAAAUAAUGAAAACGAUUUGUUUUGGUGAUACAUUAAGUGUGGACAAUUUAUUGGGUGCUAACGUGUAUGCACCGGUAUUGUUAUGUAAUCGAGGUGGAGGGCAUAGUCUGGUGGAUGCAGCAUCGCAGGCAAUGUGGGGUGUGCUCGAUCAGCAUGAUUACUUACGUGAUGCCAUUUACCAUACUCUUUGUAUGAAGGAGUCAAUAUUCCGCAAUCGAUGGGCCACAUCACUGUUGAAAAUGGGUAUGAAAUUGGACGUGUGGCUGAUGGAACGGUGUUGGGCAAGUAUCAUGGAUUGUCAUGAGCCUGGAACAGCCAUGGAACAGAUUCACGUUCUUGUGCUAGCGCAAGUGUUGAAUCGUCCAAUUGUUGUGCUGCCAAUGGAAUCGGCGCGUUUAUAUUUGAGACGUCCCAGUGCGACCAUAAGACGUGCGACAUUGAAACACCCGUUUGAAGGAUUUUAUCCGCAACUGCCAUCGAUGAACAGUUAUCGAUGUUGUUCACCGUUAUUUUUGGCCUUUUCGAAUGGCAGUUUCUAUGCGCUCGUGUUACCAUCACAACAGCCGAAAAGUCUAGCGAUCAAAUAUGAUCAUCAUCAUCAUCAGCAGCAGCAGCAACAGCCAACUAGUCCAGCAAGAAGCAAUGGGCCAUCAGCUGCUCAAAACGCCACUUCAUUGAAUAGAAUGACAACAACUGCAACUGCAACUGACCAAGACACUAACAAAACAGGGCAUAAUCUUAAUGAGAAUUCAAAUCAAAGCGCACAUGCGAAGCGAAACGAAGGCGUGGUGAGGCGCUUAGAGGAGGAUGAGGAGGACGAGGUGAAACAACGACAACGGCGUUUGAUACAUCGACACGUGUUGUGUCCUUGUAAUGAGCUGCAAGACUAUGUGCAGUUUGCAUUCGAUAGAGCCGAAGCAGAACGAUUCGUGCGCGAUGGGAUGUGGUACGAUGAGGACGAUGAGACUGGAACC